CCCGGGUGAAGUGCGAGACGGUGAUGUCUUGCUGUUUCGGGAAAGUGCCGGCCCCCAGACCUAACCCGGAGUGCGGACGUUCAGGGACUUGGAAUCGCAGCUGGUGUUUGGGUUGGAGGACUUGAGCGACAUCUCCCGAAGAGCUGCCAUGUCUGGGAAUAAUGUAUCUUCCUCAGGACAGAACAGCAGCUAUGAAACAAAAACCUCAAAUCUUCGAAUAUCAGAGAAGAAAUGUUCAUGGGCAUCCUACAUGACCAACUCCCCGACUCUCAUCGUUAUGAUUGGCUUGCCAGCCCGGGGCAAAACCUAUGUGUCCAAGAAACUCACACGCUACCUCAACUGGAUCGGGGUGCCCACCAAAGUGUUUAAUCUUGGGGUUUAUCGGCGUGAAGCAGUCAAAUCAUAUAAGUCUUAUGACUUCUUCCGGCAUGACAAUGAAGAGGCUAUGAAGAUCCGCAAACAGUGUGCUGUCGUGGCACUGGAAGACGUUAAGACUUACCUCACUGAGGAGAGUGGGCAGAUUGCGGUUUUUGAUGCCACCAAUACAACCAGGGAGAGGAGGGACAUGAUUUUGAACUUUGCCAAGGAGAAUUCUUUCAAGGUGUUCUUUGUAGAAUCUGUCUGUGAUGAUCCUGAUGUCAUUGCUGCCAACAUCCUGGAAGUGAAGGUGUCAAGCCCCGAUUACCCUGAAAGGGACAGGGAGAAUGUGAUGGAAGACUUCCUAAAGAGAAUUGAGUGCUACAAAGUCACCUAUCGACCCCUUGACCCAGACAACUAUGACAAGGAUCUUUCUUUCAUCAAGGUGAUAAAUGUGGGCCAGCGAUUUUUAGUGAACAGAGUCCAGGACUACAUCCAGAGCAAGAUAGUCUACUACCUCAUGAACAUCCAUGUGCAACCUCGCACCAUUUACCUUUGCCGGCACGGAGAGAGCGAGUUCAAUCUCUUGGGGAAGAUUGGGGGUGACUCUGGCCUAUCAGUGCGGGGAAAACAGUUUGCCCAAGCUCUCAGGAAGUUUCUGGAGGAACAGGAGAUAGCAGAUCUCAAAGUGUGGACGAGCCAGUUGAAGAGGACUAUCCAGACUGCUGAGUCCCUGGGGGUGACCUAUGAGCAGUGGAAGAUUCUGAAUGAGAUUGAUGCUGGCGUGUGCGAGGAGAUGACCUAUGCAGAGAUUGAGAAGCAGUACCCAGAUGAGUUUGCACUUCGAGAUCAAGAGAAAUAUCUAUAUCGAUAUCCUGGUGGGGAGUCGUACCAGGACCUGGUGCAACGGCUGGAGCCUGUCAUCAUGGAGCUGGAGCGCCAGGGCAACGUCCUCGUCAUCUCCCACCAGGCGGUCAUGCGCUGUCUCCUGGCCUACUUCUUGGAUAAGGGCGCAGAUGAGCUGCCAUACUUGAGGUGCCCUCUCCACACCAUCUUCAGACUUACUCCUGUGGCCUACGGGUGCAAAGUGGAAACCAUUAAACUCAACGUGGAAGCUGUGAACACUCACCGGGACAAGCCAACUAACAACUUGCCCAAGAACCAAACCCCUGUAAGGAUGAGAAGGAACAGCUUUACACCUCUGUCCAGUUCGAAUACAAUAAGGCGUCCGAGAAAUUACAGUGUUGGGAGCCGGCCCCUCAAGCCCCUCAGUCCUCUCCGCGCCCUGGACAUGCAAGAAGGGGCCGACCAGCCGAAGACCCAAGUCAGCAUUCCGGUGGUGUGACUGCGUGUUUCCCUCCGGUCGUGGCCUCCUGCCCUCGUCACUAAUCACCGGGGGGCCAUUUGGCUUCCAACCCCCACCCCCAGCACCCCGCCAUGACUCUUAACACGGCGCGUGAGGCUGGGUGUUUUUAGACCCAACCCAUCUCUUCUGCAGUGUGAAGCGGCUCCCCAUUUAUGGGCAAGUUGACGAGCUGUGUGUUUUAGAGCAGGUCCUCACUCGGGGUGGCCUGGAGGAGGAGGAAAAGGGAUGAUGACCUCUGGGGUGAUUAGCAUGCCUGGGGCUGAGGCUGAGCAUGGCCAGUACACUUGGUUCUCCUCAGCCCGUGGCGCCUAAAGUCACUAAAGUUGUUAUGGGGGUGCCAUGGGGGUGGGGUGGAGGGGGACACAGAAGCCCAUUUUCCCAUCACUUUUGCCCCUUUGAGGUGUGCCUUACUCACAGUUCUUACCUGCCUGCUUUCCUCCCCUCCCUCAUCUCCGCAUUGGAUUGUCUGGUGUGCUGCAUGCCGUUGUCACUGUGGUGUCUGCCUAGGAGGGAAGGGGAGGUUGGCGAGAGAGAAGUCCAGGCUCCAUUGAUUUCUCUCAACAGCGGGUCCGCAUGGUGUGGGCGGGGGAAGCCUUUCUUUUCCCUUGUCCCUUUCUCUCAAGCUAGGUCCUGCAAGGGUCAGCCUAGGCUAUACAACACUCACAAAUACUGAGAUGCUCUGGAGCCAGUAAGUGGAUACAGGGUGAGAGUUCUCGCCUCUUUCACGAGAAGUAGUCCUAAGGGAUUGAUGCCCGGGGGAAAGCUGGCUCUGAGAAUGUAGGAAACACCUUGGUUUGUAUUUUUCACUUCAAGAUCCAGGCACAGGUCUUUUGGCGGCUGUGGAGUCAAGUUUAGGAGUGCGGUGGUCUCUAGCUGCUGCAGGGCUCUUUUAGAGCAGGUCAUAUUUUUUCUCCAGUGGCUCCCAGCUUCUUUGCCACCCGCUGCAGGCCAGUGGCCUCUGGGGCCAUUUAGAAGGACAGUCCCCGCUGAUGCAGGAGUCACUACUGACGUUUCACUUGCUCAAGUCAAAAGGCAGUAGAGUUCACUGGAGCUGCUUAUUAUUUUCCAGUAAUUUUCAAAACUCCUUUUUAAGUUGGAAACUCUGGAGGAGUCUUGGGACCCUGUGGGGUGUAGCUCUUCACUGCUCGUGUUUCCCUAUUCACGUCUGUCAUUUUAUUUUCUCAUAGGGCUAAACAGGAAAUGUUUACAGAAGGGAUUCUUAGCCCCUUGGUGACUCAUGAUAGCAUGCUUCUCCCCCAAAAUUUGUAUGCAAAACAUAUGAAUACGUGGGCAUUUUUCUGAGAAGCAAGUCUAGAGUUCUCAUGAAAUCUUUAAUUUCAAUUUUUUAUAUUAAAAAAUUGGGGAAAAAAAAGGAGAGAAAUGACUCCAUCUUAAAGUUAUUAAUUUGUCUUUUAGAAGUAACCAGUGAGAACAAGUUAGUUAUUUGCCAAGGGUGUUUUCGGUAAUAGAAGACCUUUUGUUACUGUUCUUAUCUGGGAGUAUUCGUUAGAACCCCCUUUAGAACUUUUGAAAUGUGCACAUGCCUGGGUCUGCUUGGGGCUUAACAUUCACUCAGAAUCUCUGGGGUUGGGAUCUGCACACGCGUGUGUUUACACGUCUUCCCUGUCGAUCCUGAUUCAUGCAGCAGGUUCAAACUCCAUUCUAUGAAAUUGGGUGACAAAUACUGGGAUAGUAGUUCCUUGGACACAGCAGCAACCUCGGAAUUCUGAAUCCCCCAUGAAGUUAGAUGUUUAGCAGAUCGCAAUAUUAAAUGAAAUGACCCCCUCAAAAGCAGGCUGCUGUGUUUUUGAGGGUUAUUCUAGGUUCUAGUCCCCUCUUUAACCCUUUACAUUGCAGGGUGGUGUGGAACAAAUCACGAUGUAAAUAAGUGUCCUUUAUAAUAGCUGGGAAUUUGAAGCACCCUGGAGAAAGUACUGAGAUAAACCUGUAGGAUGAGAAAGGUUAUCAUCACAGGCAGCUGACUGGUGACCUUGAGUCCUUGAUUCUUGUAUCUUGAAUAGGACAUCACAGUGAGUUUCCCAAGGCUGCUUGCCCAGAUUCUGCUUGAAAUUACAUCAGUGUGCGCUUCCUGUUUAGCAUUUGCAUAAGUGUACCCAGUGUCUCAAUUUGUGAGGCUUUGGGCUGGGUGGGAGUAGGCGUGGAGGAGUACAUAGAAGUAGAAGGAAAGGUGCUUGCCCCAAAACAAGUUAAUUUAGAAACAGGGCAUAUAAUUUAUAGUAAGUGAGCAUUUGCACAAGAGCAAUACCUUGUAAGUGCAGGCACUAAAGUGGAGUACAGAUUGUUUCUCCUGACCUUUCUCUUGUCCUUGGCUAUGCGAUUAAAAGAGUUGGGAGAAUGAGUUGUGGUCUAGGACAUAUGUGUAGCACUUUUUGGUGGUUGCCUCAUCUAUUUUGCUUGGCUGGUGGUAUCUGCAGCCCAAAUGAGCAUUCAUUCCACCUUUUCUUCUGCUGAGCUGUGAAAGUAAUUCAGAGUUAAUGAAUGAGAAGGAGCAUUUUGAUCUAAAGACUUUGGAUUUGGCCUGCACAUAUACUUAGUGAGAGGAGAAGUAUCUAACAAACUAAUGCUUUGUUACCUUGGUAUGAGCCCCAGCAUUAGCCACAGGUCACUGGGAUGUUCAUGUGGAUGGCUUCUCUGCACUACCCCAUGUGCUAGUUUGCUUCCCUCAGAAGAACAGCCUGAGGUGGUCUUACUACUCUCAGAUAGGACACAAGAAAUUACAACUUGAGAACAGCAAAGGUGUCAGCAUUCUUCAAUUUUUAGAGCAAGAUCUCUAGAGAGGGUUCAGCUCCUCUCUAGGAAGAAGCCAGGAGAACACAGGAUGGCAUGGAGCUCCAGAUUUUACACGAGUCCUGUCUUUGUUUCCCUGCCCUCCUCUCUCAUUUUUACUUGGUUGUGCAUUGGUAGUAUAUCAACAUUACUGUGAUUAUAUCUAUAUCACAAAUCCUACAAGAAAGGGUGGACUCCAGAGUACUUUUUUGCUGAGUCUUCAGUUUUGUUAUGGGAGAAAUUGGUGAAGGCUUUAGCAUUUAUCAAUUGACAGAAAAUUGGGAAAGGAAAAUCACUAUAUUCAAUUUUUUUUCUAUUUUUAGUUAUAGUUGACAUUCAUUUUCUAUUUGUUAUUGCUUUAAAGCUGAAUGAGGCCCUAGACAGGUAGCUCAGGUGGUUAGAGUGUCGUCUUGAUAUGCCAAGGUUGUGGGUUGGUUCCCCAGGCAGGGCCCAUACAAAAAUCAACCAGUGAAUGCAUAAAAAAGUGGAACAACAAAAAUGAUAUUUCUCUUUCUCUGAAAUCAAUUAAAAACCCCCAAAGAGCUGGAUGAGGAAUUCUGUGACAGACUUGAAAGGGAAAUCUAAAGUAGAUUUAAUCUAAAGCUUCUCUUUCUAUCUUCUAAUCCUCAGAAUUGAAUUAGCUGUUACUUAUUAUCUGUAAUGUCUUGGUUUUGUUCUGUAAAGGGAUUAUUUUACAAUCCUUUGGAAAAUAGAAUAGGAAAAUAUUUUAAAACUUUUAAAACUUUGUGUUAAGUGUUCUUAUCAUUCUCUCCUUUUUUAAAAAUCCUCACUUGAGGAUAUGUUUUAUUGAUUUUAGAGAGAGAGGAAGGGAGAGAAAGAGAGGAACAUUGAUGUGAGAGAGAAAUGUCAAUUGGUUGCCUCCCAUAUGUGCCCUGACCAGAGACUGAACCCACAGCUUUUUGGUGUGUGGAUGACAUUCUCCAACCGACUGAGCCACCUAGCCAAGGCUGUCACUGGUUUUUGUUUUUUUGUUUUUGUUUUUCCCCCCAAGAAAUUUGUAUUCCUAGGCUGAACAGUUGAGUGUUUCCCGUGAAGUUCUGGCUCUUCCUCUUCGUAACUCACUUGCACUGGCAUUUUGAAAAACAUGCCAGAUGUUAGGAAAUAAAUCCAUCUUAAAUGGUUUUUCAGUGAUCAGGAGAUCUGAGUUCCAGAGACACUUAUGGGUGCUUGGGAUAGUCAAAGGACAAGGGAAAACGUGUCUAAAAAUUGAGAGAACUAUUUCUGGGUUAUAUAGUCUUAUGCGCAUUUUAUUGUUUUUGAUAAGCUUAGAAGUCAGGUUGUUUGUUUUCAAGAAAUUUUAUAUAUUUACCCAGGUUUUCCAGUAUGCAUUUUGACUUGUGUUUUAAAGUGUUUUAAUUUUUAAAAUUGUGUAACGAUUUAGUCAAGUUUAGCAGGAUUGAUAUUUUACUUCUCAUAGAGGUGACACAGACAUCAGCAGUAGGUCUAGGAAUCUAAUUUAAACUCGUGUCCAGAAGACUCUAUGUAGUAGCAGUAGCUAUAUGCUGACUGACAGACUCUUGUAGGGUUCAUGUGCUAACUGACUGACUGGCUCUAGUAGAGUCUGUAUGCUGAUUGACUGAAAGGAAGUAAACACUCCACAUUUUUUCUUCAGGAGGAAGUUAAUAGACAUUUCUUUUAGAGUAGCAGCCUAAGUUUCAUCAGUUUGUAGAAAAUGAAGGUUGUAUAUCACUUGUAUGACAUUUUGUAAACUCUGCUAAGGAAACGCCUUCUCAAAGCCUGAAAUUAUUAUUCUGCUUGAAGUUAUCCCUUUCAUUCCCCACUUACAGGUAGGGUUUUGCUGUCACCCCCCAUUUCUGAACCUUCUGUGUCCACAGCUUUUGUUCUAUCGCCUGCAGCACUCCCUUGGAUAAUGCCGCUGCUUUUAGUCGGACGUGCGUUUGGCACUCGUUAUUUAAUAGAGAAACAUGCAAACGUAAUUUUACAUUCAAAAUUGAUUUUAAGAGGUUGCAAACUAUUCCUCCCAGUAAGUCUUUCACUGGGGAAUCUAUGACCAGUAAGUCUUUCACUGGAGAAUCUAUGACCAAUAUUUAUCUAUUCAAUGUUUUUGUGUCUGAAUUACUUGUGUACAUUUUUUAAUUGUGUUGAAGUAACAAGAUCAACUCAUUCUGAUGUGGUGAUGGCUUUGCUAUGACAAAAGCAAAGGACCCGAUCAUCAACUGUGCCCUUUUGGAGGGGUUGGGAGUGGGCUGUGUACUACUGGGUUGAAUGGGAAUGGACUGAAUUGGAAACCCAAGCAAUAGAAUUACCUUGCUGAUUUCCUGGGCACAGCUCUGUUGAAAGAAGGAACGUAAGUCCUUAACAGCAUUCUGAUUUAAUCUGGUAACACUUAUAGCAAAAUAUGCCACUCAGAUCCACCUAAGGUGUGUAUAACUGUAUUUGAAAUGUGUUUUGUGUGUGUGUGCAGAAU